AUGGGGCGGCUGGAGCCCGGGGGCGGGGGCGAGGUCCUGACCUACUUCAUCCAGGACCCCGGCACGGGCGUGCUGGUGGUCUGCGGGACCCCCAACUACCUGGCGCCCGAGGUGCUGGAGAAGCGGGGCCACUCGGUCAAGUCCGACGUCUGGGCCCUGGGCUGCAUCCUCUACACGGCGCUGGUGGGCAGCUCGCCCUUCGAGGUCACCGGCAAGCAGGAGAUGUACCAGUGCAUCCGGGAGGGCCGGUACCCUGAGCCCAGCCAGCUCUCGCCCAGCGCCCGGAGCCUCAUCGCCCGCCUGCUGGCCCCCGACCCCGCUGCGCGGCCCAGCCUGGACGAGGUGCUGCAGCACGACUUCUUCACCCAGGGCUUCACGCCGGACAAGCUGCCGUCCCGCGCCUGCCACUCGGUGCCACUCUUGGCCGGGCCCAACCCGCUCAGCAAGCUCCUGCAGAAGGCGGCCAAGGUGCUGUUCCGGGGGGCACCGUGCCAGGAGCCCCGGGCAGGUAGCCCAGGGCCCAGCGAGGAGCCGGCGAGCCCUGCCGUGCCAGCCCAGCCUCCACCCAGCCCGGCGGCAGGGGCAUGGGGGGCUGUGGGUCUUGGCUCUGCUCCCCUUGGCCCAUCACCUGGCCAGGCUGAGCCCCUGAGUGAGGAGCCCGGCGGGGUCCCCAUCCGCCUGCUCGCAAAGGGAGCGCUCAACUUCAGCGCCAACUCAGACACAGACCGGAGCCUGGAGAGCCCAGUGGAGUCGGUCACCAGGGUGCUGCGGAGCUGCCUGGAGAACACGCCGCUGGCAGCCCCCCGCAACCCCCCGCCGUGCCAGGCUCAGGUCCUGCCCUGGGUCACCAAGUGGGUUGACUACUCCAACAAGUACGGCUUCGGCUACCUGCUGUCCGACAGCUCCACUGGCGUCCUGCUCACUGAUGGCACCCACCUCGCCCUCUGCCCCCGGUGGCAGUGCAUCCACUACUGCCCCAGGCUCGGGGAGGCUGUCUCCUUUGCCCGUGGGAAGGUGCCUGGCUCGCUGGCCGUGAAGAUGGGCGUCCUGCACUUCUUCUCGCAGUACAUGCAGCAGAAGCUGCUGGAGGGCGGGGACCUGCCGGCAGGGCCUGGUGACAGGGUGGAUGACCUGUACCUGCUGCACUUCGCCAAGUCCGACCAGGCACUGCUCAUGCUCUUCAGCAACCAGACCCUGCAGGUCAACUUCUACCGUGACCACACCAAGCUGGUGCUGCACUGCGCCGGCCCCGAGCCCGUCCUGACCUUCGUGGACGGGGAGCGCCGCAGCGCCGCCUUCCCGCUGGGGGCCCUGGCCGUGGCAGGCUGCACGCCAGCACUGCGGGACCGCAUGGAGUAUGCCCUUGCCCUGCUCCAGCGCCUCUAGACCCCUCCACCACCACCCGGGAGGCUGCUGCAGCGCCGGGGCCUGCAUUGCCCUAGGACCCCCUGCUGCUGACGGGGUUCAGGAUCCCUGCAGCCUGCCCCAGGCUCCAGCAGCAGCUGCCAGGGGGAGGAGGAGUUGUGGGGGCAGGGGAGACAGGUGCCCGGGGCCGGGGGCACCUCCUGAUGGGAACUGGUUCCCAAUGAAGUGGUGCCGUGGGGGGAAGGGGGCUGGAGUGGACAUGGCCUGUGCUGGGGGGCACGGGGCCUACUGGGGCAGGAGCUGCCUGCAGCACGUGCCCAGAGCGUGCCGGGAGGCACUGAAAGCAAAGGGGAUGUGAUGGAGGGUGCGGGGGGAGGCAGCAGCUUUCUGGUGGCUUGAUGCCAUGGUGAAGGUGAAGGCGAAGGAAGCCAGAUGUCCGAGUGUGGGGAGAGGAGCAGGAGAGCAAGGAGGGUCCUGGAGAGGAGAGGGGAGCUGGAGCAGUCAGCAGGGCCAAGGGCAUCCCGUGAUGGUGCUGGGAGGAGGGGGCAGGGGCUGUUUAGGUGGAAGGAGGGUAAAAAGCGGGGCAAGCGGCAAGGGCCAAAGGGCAGUACGGGCCUGGAGGAGAGGCCGGAUGUGGGGCAGCAGCGGUGGCAGGGUCUGGUCCCCACAUGGGUGGGAGGGCCCUCGUUCCACCCCAACCCCCCCUGCUCCCUGGGGCAGCUGCUGCGUGGCUCUCCCUGCUUACCCAUUCCUGGCGCAUCUCUGGGCAUCUCCAUCCGGAGCUGGCAAGACGCUGCCGCACGUUUCACCCGGGCUUCGUGCACAAAGAGGCCGGGUGCGUGCAUGCUGGAGCCAUCCGACGGGCUGAGUCCGGGAUUUGCGGGCUUCUUAAUUAAACUCAUAUCUGCCA